AUGUCAAGCGGACAAAUCGCUGCGCCUUUUGCCAUCAAGCCUUCCCAGCGGGCUAACAUCCGGCUGGCAACGGCUCAGGACCUCUACUCCACGCUGAGCAGUUGUCUCAGCCCGCUAAAAGGACAUCAGCGACCAGCCAUUCCUUUUGAUAAUGCCGCCAUGACCAAGCAAGGCGACGGCUCUGCUCAUCCCAUCCUUGAGGAUGACUACACCGUUCCAGCGCCACCUCCGCCUAGCCCUGUUAGUUUCAGGGCCGACCGCUGGCCCGCGCCAGCUUGUCACUAA